UUGUAAGAAUCGUGGUAGUUAGUCUGCGAUCUUUGAUACGGUUUACCCUGUCAUUUAAAUUGAUUUCGUAACGGUCUAAAUCCUUACCAAUCAAUAUGAGAGCAAGAGAUCAUCGAKUAAUUUCUAUAUAAGAGUUGGUGUUUUCCAUUCAGAGAAGAGCUCGAUAUCAUGCUUCUAGAAAAGAGAAAACAGAGAACAAAACCACUCGAUUUYCUCAGACUUACCUGCGAAUGGCGAUCCAUGGCUCCAGAGCCAGUUCAUUCAGGUGGAGCUUAGCAGCUUGAAUUCAUAUUUCCUCUCAAUGAGGAGGGAGCUCGGGCAAGUGACAAUCGGACACUUGUCUUCCAGGACGUCGAAGCUGAAAACCGUUGGAGAGUCUUUGACUGUUGAAGAGAGGGCUGCGUGUUUGCUCGAAUCGUAUCGGGACAUGGAUGAGGAGGUAGAGGAUUUUGAAGUCUUCCUUCGGUUUAUGGUUUUGGGUUGAGAAAUUGGUACUGGGAUUAAGGAUUUUAAGUAGAGUGAGAAAAUCAUAUCGUUACACGUCUAUUUGAAACUGCAAUCGCAUGUUAAUGCUAGAAUUGGUAGCGGAGCAAAGAUUUCGACUGCAUUUCUGAAGGCUGCUACGAUGACAUUGCUUCACACCAUCAGUGGAUCUGAGAAAACGUCCUAUGUUUCUUAUAUAAACAACUACCUAGCAGAAGAUCAGUUCUUGAAGAGAUACCUUCMUAUAGAUCCUUCCACUAAUGAUCUCUUCGAGAUUGUAAAGGAUGGCGUUCUUCUAUGUAAACUUAUCAAUGUGGAAGUCCCUGGGACCACUGAUGAACGAGCAAUCAAUACUAAAAGGGUGCUGAACCCUUGGGAAAGGAAUGAAAAUCUUACACUAUGCCUCGAUUCUGCUAAGGCUAUUGGGUGUACAGUAGUCAAUAUUGGCACGCAGGACUUCAUUGAAGGGAAAUUAUUUCACAUCUUCCUCAAGCAAUUCCUACUUGUAUACAAGAAUUGGGUGCCUGCAUUUUCUCUCCAGUUGCCUGACAUUGCUCUAUCUACCUCUGGGGAGUAUUCAUCAAAUUUUGAUGAUGUAAUUGUUAGGCUGCUCUGUUGGACAUCCUACUGAAAUAAUUCUUGUUCUAGCUCAAGAGAUAGCACAAUUAACUGCCCUUGUUGGUGAAUGUAAGUUUGCACAUCUUGUUCUUAUAAAGAUGUCUCUUUUCAGUUAUAAUUUUGAUAUUUAUUGGCAUAUUUUACAUUGAAGCGGCAUGAAAUAAUUCUUAGUCUAGCUUAGGAGAUAGGUCAAUUAUGAUAUUUGCUUCUUAUGUGUAGAGAGUUUUUAUAAUAUCUUUUUAGAAUGGCAUGUUUUAAACAUUUUAGAAGUGUAAAUGCUACGAAAUAUACUCUACAAGUGUCCAUGCAGUUUCUGGUGUUCUAUUGGGUAAAAUAUAGUGUCUGAUUAGGUACACAAUGCAUGUAUAUAUAUCUAGGUAGCACAACUUAUAUUAAUUGCUCUUGUUCCCUAGAUCUUUGUGUUCUUCUUUUCUAGCAAAUAUUACUAGGAAAUAUCUCUAAAUUCAGUGUUCAGACUUGCAAAGACAACUUUGGAGCAUGCAAUAUCCACAGAUGAGUCCCUUAUACUAUACGAGUAAAUAAUCAACUAGGAAAGGAGAUACCCCACAAAAGUUGAUUCCUCGAGGUUACUCUUCUUACAAUGGUGUUAACUGGUGAGUUAGUGGAUCGAGGAACCUAGUGGAAAGAGGGAUUCACUUUGGAUGCCAACUAUCGAAGGUCACCAAGCUAUGGUAAGUAGUGACUUCAGAGAUCGAAAUAUGGUCUUAAAUGUAGAGAAGGGCGACUGGAAGAAGGCUGCAAUUCUGACAUCAACCACAAAAGUAACAGAUUGGGGAAGGGUCAUGAAGGUGGUCACUGAGAAUUUCAAAUUGAAAGGUACUGUGAGAGUUAAACCCUUCGAUGAUUCUAAGGCAGAUAAGGGUGGAGAAAUGGUACGUGUCGUGCAACCAAAGGCUUAUCACUGAAAGAGCUCUAGAGGUUCAGCUUGUAGGGCUUCGGUUUAAGUAUUGGGAGGAAGAAAUCUUGUAAAACUUAAUUCAUUCCUUGGGUGGAGUUCUGGCAGCAUGCAACCUCCGUAACCUUCACGUAGCGAGAGUGAGAAUAGAGGGCCUCAAACAUGAAGAGGUUCCCAAAUGCAUAAAGAUGCUGGUCGAUGGUGUUUGGAUUAAGGUGCGGAUUCUUUUGGAAGUUGAAUCGACUUGGUGGAGGAAGUGUUCCAAGGAAGAAGACGAUGACAUCAUCCAUGGCGGGGUUUCACGUAGAAGGGAAGGAAGCCAAUCAACAUCGGUUAGUGACUAGGAGUUGAAGGAAAUUGAAGAGACUCCACAUGGGGCUUCUC